AGACCCCGGGCUGGAUGGGCAGCGGCUCGCAGCACAACUGAGCGCGGAGCCGAGCGCUCCGCCCGCCCGCCCCGCGCCGCGCCGCAGCCGGGAGUCGAGAGCGGCCGGGCACGGCGCAGCCGCCCGCGCCCCCCGCCCCUCGCAGCGCACGGAUUACUCGGCUUUUUUUCCUCCUCUUUCUCUCCGGCCGGCUCCCCCUUCCCCCCCCCCCUCCCCACCCACGCCCUCCCCGCCAGCGAGAGCCGCGGGACAUUUUAUGUUUGUUUUCCUCCUCGGGGGGCGUGUGGAUUUUUUCCCUUCUCGCCCGCAGAAAGCGAGCGAGCGUUUCCGAGUGCGAGCGGCGCGACUUGCCCCAGUUUUCAUGCGAGGUUUUGGGUCAUGAUCACAUCGCCCUCGCUUUCUGCUCUCAGAAGUAGUAAGCGCAGCAGCAGCCUGAGCGAGCCCGGAGGCAGCCCCCGCCGCAGCCGCAGCGCCGCCGACCUCAGUGCCGGGCCGACCGGGCACGCUGGGAGCCCCGGCAGCGCCGCCGCCAAGCCCUGCUUCCACGCCGUUCCCCCCUCGGACCCGCUGCGCCAAGCCAACCGCCUGCCCAUCAAGGUGCUGAAAAUGCUCACGGCGCGGACCGGCCACAUCCUACACCCCGAAUACCUGCAGCCUCUCCCCUCCACGCCCGUCAGCCCCAUCGAGCUGGAUGCGAAGAAAAGUCCCCUGGCCCUUUUGGCACAAACUUGCUCGCAGAUAGGAAAGCCGGACCCGUCCCCUUCCUCCAAACUCUCCUCGGUCACCUCCAAUGGCUCCGGAGGCGACAAGGACUCCAAGUCGGGCCCCCUGAAGCUCAGCGACAUCGGUGUGGAGGACAAGUCGAGCUUCAAGCCCUACUCCAAACCGGGCGCGGAGAAGAAGGAGCCGGGGGCUGCGGGCUGCGCGGGCACCCCCGCGGCGGGGGUCGCGGCCGGGGAGAAGUCGGGAUUCCGGGUGCCGAGCGCCACCUGCCAGCCGUUCACCCCAAGGACAGGCAGCCCCAACUCCAGCGCCUCCGCCUGCUCGCCCGGGCUGCUGCCGGCCGAGGGCAAAGGCGGGGAGGACAAGAAGGACUCGGAGAGCUGCGGCAAGAGCGGCGGCUCCGGCGCGGAGGGCGGCCCGGGCUCCGCCGGCAUCGGCCACGGCCGGAUUAGCGUGAGCUGCGCCGGGAUUAACGUGGAGGUCAACCAGCACCAGGAGAGCGCGCCGGGCUCCAAGCCCAUCGCCUCGGACUCCGCCUCCUCCUGCAGCAGCACCACCGCCACCUCCUCCGCCUCCGUGCUGGGCUCCGGCCUCGUGGCCCCCGUCUCCCCCUACAAGCCGGGCCAGACCGUCUUCCCGCUGCCUCCGGCGGGCAUGAGCUACCCGGGGACGCUGGCCGGGGCGUACGCGGGCUACCCGCCGCAGUUCCUGCCGCACGGCGUGGCGCUGGACCCCACCAAAUCCUCCAGCCUGGUGGGGGCCCAGCUGGCGGCCGCGGGCAGCCUGGGCUGCAGCAAGCCGGCCGGCUCCAGCCCGCUGGCGGGCGCGUCGCCGCCGUCGGUGAUGACGGCCAGCCUGUGCCGAGACCCGUACUGCCUGAGCUACCACUGCGCCAGCCACCUGGCCGGCGCCGCCGGCGCCUCCUGCGCCCACGACCAGGCCCUCAAGUCCGGAUACCCCCUGGUGUACCCCACGCACCCCCUGCACGGCGUGCACUCCUCGCUGACCGGCGCCACGCCGCCCUCGCUGGCCGGCCACCCCCUGUACCCCUACGGCUUCAUGCUCCCCAACGACCCCCAGCCGCACAUCUGCAACUGGGUGUCGGCCAACGGACCCUGCGACAAGCGCUUCGCCACCUCGGAGGAGCUGCUUAGCCACUUGCGGACCCAUACUGCCUUCCCGGGCACCGAUAAACUCCUCUCCAGCUACCCCAGCUCCUCGUCGCUGGCCAGCGCGGCGGCCGCGGCCAUGGCGUGCCACAUGCACAUCCCCACCACGGGCGCCCCGGGCAGCCCGGGCACGCUGGCGCUGCGCAGCCCGCACCACGCUCUGGGACUCGGCAGCCGCUACCACCCGUACUCCAAGAGCCCGCUGCCCACCCCCGGCGCGCCCGUGCCCGUGCCCGCCGCCACGGGACCCUACUACUCCCCUUACGCACUGUACGGGCAGAGACUCACCACAGCCUCGGCGCUGGGCUACCAGUGAGCGGCGCGGGCGGGAGGGAGGGGGAGGGAGGGAGGGAGGGAUGGAUGGAUGGACGGAUGGAGCCCUCCGAACUCGGUGGAAGUCGGCAAGGAAAAAAACAAACAAACAAACAAAAAAAACCCCACAAAACAGAAAUGGGACUUUUUAUACGAUAGUGUUCAUCUGAGGACUGGAUCCGUGAGCACUGUAUUUAUUUAUGUUAGCUUCAAGCGGGACAACGAAUCAUAAAGUGCAUUACUUAACUGAGCUCAAUAGGUAAAAGUGGAACACCCAUUGUAGAAUAUAAAUAAAAAGAUAGAGGUCUUCUCUUUAAUGUUACUUUAAAAUUGCUAUGAUUGUAUCGUACGUUCUUAUUUAAUGUCUCAUUGAAACAACAACAAAAAUUUACAUGCAUGUUUGUUACUAAAAAAAAAAAACAACUCGCAAUUUGUCAGUUAUAAUUUCAAAUUGCAAUUAUUUUUAAGGUGUAAACCCUUGAAAGAGAAUUGGUAUUUUUUUGUAUGUAUUCUGGAAGAAAAAACAAAAACAAUUCUAUUCCAAAAACCUCAUUUGCCUUAUUUUGUUCUUUAAAAGGAACACUUAACUAUUUUUAAUUUUUAAGUCCACCCUGUAACGAGGGUUAAGUAAGGUUUACGUCAUGUACUAAAAUAGACAAUGUAUCGCUUUAAAGAUUAAAAUUCCGUAUAUUUGAUGUAUUAAAAGGUUUUACUUUUA